CCACCCUCUUGAGCCUCACACAUUCAAAAUAAUCAGUUGAGAGAGGUCUGACCACACAGACAUACAUCCUGUACAAACAGCAGUGUGAGCAUGUUGGUUGUUGAUGUCUUCUUCUGCGGGGCAUUGAUGCUCUGCUGGACCCGGCUCUGUGUAGCCCUGCAGGUCUCACAUGGAAGGCAGCUGAUCCCGGCCCAUGACCCCACAAUGACAGGAAAUACACUGAAGUCCAGCCACACAAUGGACUCCACAGAGACUGGAGAUAGUUCAGAGACAAAGACAUCAUCGGCCUCCACAGUUUCUCAUCUUGUCCCUCACAACGCACCAUGCUUUCUGGAUGACAUAUUCGCAGUGAUGAGUGAAGGUUUGGGGGAUGACGGCGAACUGACGAACAGCAGUUUGACUUUGUUUGGAAUCUGUACGGCAUCUGAUAAUUCGUCAAGAUCAGUGUUAUUGGAGCUUGCUAGGAAAACAAGCAGAAAUCAGAGAAAUGGACUGGAGGUUUUGCAUCCAACUGGAGUGUUGUUGGUUGAGGAAGAAGAGACAGGAUCACUUGCAUUAACCUUUGACCUCCCACAAUCCCCUUUGCUCGAGCUGAACCCUGUGUUGCUCUUGGCAUUUGAAAGUCCUCUCACAGGAGGAGACCUGGACGAGAUCAUUUUCACUAGUCAGUCUCUACAGCCAAACACGCAGGCUGUGUGCAUUUCAGGAGGAACACAGUAUAUACUGCUGACAGGAGAAGCAUCAGAAGGCCACGUUCACCAGAGGUGGAGGAUUUCUGUUGAGACAAAAUCCCCCGAUAUGAAGGAAAGUCUAAAAGAGCUCCUUGUUGGUGGAAAAUCAGGAAGUUACAUCAGCCCGACUUUGUUUCUGCUUUUUUCCACGGAAAGAGGAACUGAUACCAGAUAUACAAAAGUUCCACACUCAUCCCAGACUUUCUCCUUCCUCUGUGAGCUGAAGAGGUUCCUGGGUGAUGUCCUGCCUCAGGACCACCCAGAGUCCCCUCCACUAAAGCUGGACAUCUUACAGUCCCUGCCUCCCCUGACACUGGGCUUAUCCUCCAGUGUGAACCUGCUGGCAGGACUGAUCAACUCCUCUGCCUCCACCAUCUUCUAUUUCACUAGCUCCAUGUCUCACAUGCACCAUGGAGAACUGGCCCUGCCUCCUGCCCUGUCAGAGGAGCUCAGGUGGAGGCUGGAGCAGAUUGUGGUGCAGAUUAUGGAGGUAAUCAGGGAGGAGGACGUGGGUCAUAGGGGCAUGAAGAGGCUGGAGAGGCUCAAAGAACUCAGUGCAUUUCCGAAGGUGGACUUGGCAGCAGGAGAAAGCCAGUAUCGAGCAUUUCUUCUGCUGAAGGCCCUACAGACGGUGGGUGGCGCAUACGAGAUACAAAGAAGACUGCGGGCCACUAGAGCAGAUCCCGACAGCCCGGUGAGGGGCAGCAACUGUGGGCUGAUCGACCUCACUGUGUCUCUUGAAAAGCAUCUUGUCGGCCCAAACACUGCCAAUAUCAACAACUGCCAUGGCCCUUGUAAUUUCCCCUUGAAUAAUACCAACAAUCAUGCUAUCCUGCUCCAAUCCCACAUUGAGAGUGGGAAUUUGCAGGAGCGUCGUCCGUGCUGUGUGCCUGUGGCCUACGAGCCUCUGUGGGUGGUGAACGUGAACCAACUUGGGACUUACAUCUCACUUAGACCAGAUAUAGUGGCAAAGGAGUGCGAAUGUCGCUAAAGCUGCGUUUGUGAUAAGUUAUUUUGUUUGUUUGGUUAGCUGUCACUCAUUCACCAUGAUAGAUGAAAAGUGUGACUUUAUUGUUACUUUUUUGUCAUUUAUUUAUUCACACAGUAGCCUAUUAAAGGUGUAGUGUGUAGAAUUUAGUUGCAUCUAGCAGAACGGACUUGGCAGAAAUGGAAUAUAAUAUACAUAACUAUGUUCUAAU